AUGAUCACCACUGCCAAUUCCUCCGCGAGAAUCAGAAUACUUGCUCUCAUUUUCUUGAUCGCUGUGCUAAUCAUGAUUUAUCCCCGCUCUGCACAGACCGGCUCCACAAUAAGAAUCCAGAGCUGGAAUUUGAGAUACGACUCCAUGCCAAAUGAUAUCACCGUAGGAGAGACAAUUGCGGCUCUAAACAGGACCGUUCCUCUUGACACACAGACCAAGUAUUACUCCAACUACACGGAGCAACCGUGGUCGACGCGCAGGAUUGGCGUCAAAAAUGAGGUCCUGUUCAACGAGGCGGACCUCUUUACCAUUAACGAGGGCCUACACAGACAAGUUGAAGACCUCAGAGAGCUCCUGGACAUGCCGUAUAUCGGAGUGGGCAGAGACGACGGAGCACAGGCGGGCGAAUACCAGGCGAUCUUUUACAAUCCGGACUCAAUUGAGCUACUUUCAAAUGACACGUUCUGGCUGAGCGAUAAACCAUUCGAACCUUCGAAGUAUCCUGGUGCCGGCUCAUAUCGCUCUUGCACCGUUGGCUAUUUUCGAACCAUUAAAAAAAGUACCAGAUUUGUUGUGAUCAACGCGCAUCUCGACGACCAGUCCGACGAUCAGAGGCGGCUAGGUGCAGCACUGAUCAGGUACAGGGCGGAAUACGAGCAGGAAACGAAAAAAGUCCCGGUGUUUUUGGUCGGAGACUUCAAUUCCCAGGUCAGCGGAGAGACCAAUGGAGCGUACAAGAUCACUACGGGCAGAUUUGAGUUCCCUACAGACAAGUUGAAUUCGACAUUUGUCUCCAAAUACAACCACUCGGGUUCCGGAUUUGAGUUUUUGGAUCUGCUCGAGGCGACUCCUGUCGAGAACAGACAGGGAAAUCUUGCUACCUUCACCGGCUUCAAGAAUAACGUUGACUCGUUCAGCAGGAUCGACUUCCAGUUUGGAGCCAACACGAGCAGCUGGGAGGCUGUCAGAUACAAGGUUGGCGAAAAUUGGUACGACAACUCGUAUUAUCUUUCGGAUCACAGACCCGUUAUCAGUGACAUUCUUUUAAAGUAA